AUGUCUACCAUCGAGAAGGUCGAGGAAGAGAACCGCUUCUGGAUUAACAACGGAUGUCCGGCCGGCCGAUACUUAUGCAACGGUACGCUAGACCUAUGCGUACGACUGGAGAAUGUAUGCGACAAACGGGUCGACUGUCCGAACAGGGAUGACGAGGACUGGACUAUAUGUAAGAAUUGGCCCAAAUAUAAGCAAACAGAAUAUUCUGGUGUCGAUAAUAAACUACAGGCAGUGGAUGGGGAGCACCAGGAGGUGGACAAUGGCAAAGAUAAUGGCAAUACAGACAGUUUUGAAGGGCAGGGGUUUAUGUUUCAUGUCGAUAAUCUAGUUAUCUAUAACUCUGAUGUCAAAAUGUUUGACCAAAGCUCCGAUAAUGUUAAAACAAACAACACUAUAAUAAUGUCUUAA